AUGUCCGUCCAAUUAAUCAAACAGCUGCGCGCCGCGUCCGGCGCGCGCAUGGUCGAUUGCAAGGCGGCCAUCGAGGCCUGCGGCAACGUCGACGACGCCUUCGAGUGGCUGCGCAAGAAGGGCAUCGCGCGCGCCGCCAAGCUCUCGGACCGCGGCCUCGUCGCGUUCCGCCGCGCCGGCGGCGUCGGCUGCCUCGUGGAGGUGAACUCGGAGACGGACUUCGUGGCGCGCAACGCCAAGUUCCAGGCCUUCGUCGGCGACCUCGCCGACGCGACGCUCCGGCGCUACGGCGACCUCGGCGCCGCGGCGUCCGCGGCGACGGGCGCGGCGCGCGUCGACGGCGACGCGCUCGCGGCGCUCGCGCUCGCGAACGGCGAGCCCUGCGCCGACGCCGCCGCGGCGCUGUCGGCCCACGUCGGCGAGCGCGUCGUCGUGCGGCGCGCGCGGCUCCUCGGGGGCGACGUCGUCGGCGCGUACGCGCACGCGGCCGUCGGCCCCGGCGCGGGCCUCGCCGCGUCGCUCGUCGCGCUGUCCGGCGACGUCGCCGGCCGCGACGCCGCGGGCCUCGACGCCGUCGCCAAGGCGGCGGCCAUGCACGCCGUCGCCGCGCGGCCCGUCUACCUCGACGCGGGCCGCGUGCCCGCGGACGUGCUCGCGAAGGAGCGGGCGGUCCUCGUCGACCAGCUCGCGGACUCGGGCAAGCCGGAGAACAUCGUCGAGAAGAUCGUCGCCGCGCGCCUCGCCAAGUUCGCCGGCGAGAAGUCCCUCGCGGGCCAGGCCCACGUCGUCGAGGGCGGCAAGGCGACCGUCGCGGCCGUCGUCGCGAAGGCGCUCCCGGGCUUCGAGGUCUCGGGCUUCGCGCUCUGCACCGUCGGCGGCGACGACGCGGCGGAGUAG